CCCCUGUUCUCAGCGACUCAGUGCUGUUUACAAGAGACUGCCAACGGAGUAUGUUGAGUGUGAGAGAAGGACUGAGGAAAAAGCCAACAAGCACAACUCAUGGAAUUGUUUAGUGAUAGUCUUUUAUCACAAGUAUUUCGGGCUAUUUCGAAUUUUUAUUUAUAAUAGACGUUCGCACAGCUAGGUUAUCUCUUCGUAAUUAUUUGAGGUGAGCUGGAUAACCUACUUGGCUCUGAGCGAAUGACAUCGGCAAUGUUGUAAAACGAGCAGGCAACCUUUCAAAGUAAAGUAUGUAUCUGUAAGUCAAAGAAAGUCCAGUCUUCAAGAUCUGAGUGUUUUCCUGUGCGACUCCAGAGAGCAGGGGAUCAGUCGUUUAUUCAGAGGUGUUUCAGUGCAGCCGACGCGGAUGGGCUACGCCAGACGCCAGCGAGGGCCUGGAUGGGAGAGGGAGUGAGAAUGGACAACCUGUUAGACUUUGGAGGCCUCUGUCCGUCCAGCCGGAGAGAAUGGGACACGAGCAGCUGUGUGGACGAGCUGAUGGAUGAAGAUGAGAAAGACAGGGCAAAGAGGGCUUCGCGUAACAAAUCAGAGAAGAAGAGAAGAGACCAAUUCAAUGUGCUCAUCAAGGAGCUAUGUACCAUGCUCCAGGGCCAGGGUCACCCUCGCAAGAUGGACAAGUCCACCAUCCUGCAGAGAACCAUCGAUUUCCUGCAGAAACAAAAAGAAAUCACGGCCCAGACAGAGAUGUGUGAGAUCAGGCAGGACUGGAAGCCUUCCUUCCUCAGUAAUGAGGAGUUCACCCAGUUGAUGCUCGAGGCUCUCGAUGGGUUCCUCAUCGCCCUGACGACAGACGGCAACAUAAUCUACGUGUCUGACAGCGUGUCCUCGCUCAUCGGACAUUUACCGUCAGAUAUGGUGGACCAAAAUAUCUUGAACUUCCUUCCCGAGCGCGAGCACGGGGAGGUUUAUAAGCUGCUAUCGUCUCACAUGCUGAUGACGGACCCCCUUGCUGCCGACUUCCUAGACAGUGAGAGCCAUGUGGAGUUCUGCUGUCAUCUAGCCAGAGGAAACAUCGACCCAAAAGAACCGUCUACAUAUGAGUAUGUGAAGUUUGUCGGAGAUUUCAAGUUUCACAACAAUGUGCCUACAUCCUCUUGUAAUGGGUUUGAGCUUGCGUUACCGGCGUUACCACGAACCCUGCAGUCAUCUCUGGAGGAGCAGGCCUGCCUUGUUGCCACUGUACGAUUAGUCACUCCACAGUUUUUAAAGGACUUAUGUAACGUGGAGGAUCCUUGUGAUGAGUUCACCUCCAGGCACAGUCUGGAGUGGAAGUUCUUAUUUUUAGAUCACAGAGCGUCACCAAUCAUAGGCUACUUGCCCUUUGAGGUGCUUGGAACUUCUGGCUAUGAUUACUAUCAUGUGGAUGACUUGGAGCUCAUAGCUCAGUGUCAUAAGCAAUUGAUGCAGUUUGGAAAGGGCAAAUCCUGCUACUACCGUUUCCUGACCAAGGGCCAGCAGUGGAUCUGGCUGCAGACACACUACUACAUCACCUACCACCAGUGGAAUUCCAAGCCUGAGUUCAUAGUGUGCACGCAUACGGUUGUGAGUUACGCUGAGGUGCGAGCGGAGAGGAGGAGGGAGUUUGGGCUGGAGGAGACAUCGCCUCCGGAGAUCGCUACCUCUAUUAAGGGUCAGGAGGUGUAUCUGGACGUCUGCCCAACCCUGGAGCCUCAGAGGGACAGGACCAGUGAAGCACGCUCAGUCUCCUCCCACAGCUCCAGGAAGUCCUCCCACACUGCCCUAUCAGACUCUGCCUCCAACUCGUCGGUCAGGUACCCAGAGGGCUGCACACCAUCCAGGCAGCCUGCGUCUGUCGGCACAGAGAAUACCUCCACCAGAAGACUCCAACCCAGCAGUUCGAAGACGUUGGUUCAGAGACAAAACUCUUUUGAUGUUCCCCAGCUGACCCUUCCUCUGUCUCCUGCCUGCAGUCAACACUCCGCAAUGGUGGGUCAGCAGCCCCUCUGCCCUCUGCAGCCGCCCCAGCUAGGGGUGAUGCACCAACUGAAGGAGCCCCAGCUAGGGGUGAUGCACCAACUGAAGGAGCCCCAGCUAGGGGUGAUGCACCAGCUGAAGGAGCCCCAGCUAGGGGUGAUGCACCAGCUGAAGGAGCAGCUGGAGGAGAGGACUCGCGUGCUGCAGGCCGACAUCAAGACUCAGCAACAGGAGCUUCACGACAUCAAGGAGAAGCUGCAGCUGGCCAACCUGCAGAUGUUGUUACAGCAGCCGAUCCACACUGACUUUGGGCAGGUCCAACAGCCCCAGCAGCAGGGCCCAGGCAGGCCGACCCAGCAGAGCCAGACCCAGAGUCAGAGUCAGAGUCAGACACAGAACCAGAACCAGAACCAGAGCCAGUCUGGGGUCAUCCGACAGGCCUCAGGUCACUCCAAAAAGCCCAUCUGUGGAGGCCACAGUUCCUCACCGCAAUCCCUGCUGAGAGAGCACAGCUCUCCAUCCCCUCAGGUGCAGCAGAGGCAGGUGUCCAGGGGCCAAGUGCAGACUGUCACCCUGCCGGUCCAGACUCAAACCAGCCUGACCCUGCCCUUCUACAGCAACCCCAUGAUGUUCUCCCAGACCAACGCACGGCCACUGCAGGACACUAACCAAAGACACUCAGACAACGAGUUCAGCCAAGACGGACAGAUACGGAUGCUGCUGAACCAGCAGAUGCAGACCCUGGUUCCUGACAGCAGUGUAAGCUCACAGGCGUCCCAGUGCAAUUCAGGCAUCCAACAAACCAAACACACCUUGGAGCAGCAGAUGAUGACCCCCUCGUUCCCCAUGCAGCAGCUCAACUGCAACGCUGUCCUUGUUCCCUCUCCUGUCUUCACCUCCCCCAUCAUGAUCCCCCACAACGGCUUCAUCACACACCAGGCCCAGCCUGCCUACCAUGCCCAGCCUGCCUACCAUGCCCAGGGCUCCCAGCACGCCCUGCAGCUGCAACAACCACAGCAGUUCUUUCAGAUGCAGCCUCAGGGACUCUUACACAGCGGGGGCCCCCAGGCUUUCUUCCACACCACAAACGUCCAACAGCAAAGCACUGUGGGAUACAUCCAACAACAACAGCAGCAACAGCAACCACAACAACAACCGCGCCACCAUUCCCAAAACCAGACUGGCAGCCUUUCAGACUUCCGGAACAUGGUAACCCGGUAGCCCUACAGUCUCACAGAGAGAGAGCAGAGUUAUCAGUGUCAUGUUGCUGUUACAGAUCCAGUAACACAAAUUGAGGUAUUAAAAGAGACUGAGAGGCAUAUAUAUGGCAAACAGAUUCUGCCAUGUUCUUUGCUGUAAGCCAAAUUGGCUUUGUCUCCACAGCAAAAAAAAAACACAAAAAAAUCUUUGAAGAGAAAGAUAAUAUGCCUGUGGUGACCUUACUUUUGAUAAGGAGCCAUCUUUACAGACAAAGCAGUUUUUUUACGAGGACACGCCACACACUGAGGCUGCUUGGACUAGGGGCCUCUGGGAAAUUGAGUUUUCUAAGACACCAGGCCUCAAUGUACUGGGCCACAAUCACUGCUGCACCACGGGCACCAUCACUCGAAUCAACAGGAAAACAGUACUUUUUUUUACCAUAACCAGUUUUAUUAAUACAGUAUAUUUGUUGACCAGCAGAAUGAUUUAUAUUGGUAAUGAACGGACUGACUGAAUUGGUGUGUAUGAACAAACUAUUAUAAGUAAACGAAACUAUUUUCUCAUGGAAAUGACAAUCAAACUGUCCACUUGUACUCACUGUAAAUUCCCCUUAUGCCCCAGAUACAGCAGCACUGCCUGACUACCCUUCCAUCUUACCCCACAAUCAUUUGCAGAGCUUUAGAGACUUUCAAUUUUAAAUGAAAAGUUGCUACUGUGAAAACAAUGUUAUCCUACAAAACCAUUUUACACAGCUUUGCCCAAUAACCAAAAUAAAUUUGUUUAAACAUGUUUCAAAUCCAAUCAAAAUCAAGACUUUUUGUAAUGUAGUGGCUGGUAAAAGGGUUUGGGGAUUAUCUGAAAUUGAAGACGGUCUAUGGAGGAAGAUGUUUUUGUUUGAUGUCAUGCAGUGUUGUGGUCAGAUGCUUGCUGUUCCUACUCGUCAGUCACUCUAAGAAUGGUGCUGUUAUACUGGUUCAAAAGAUGCUCAAAUUAAGUUAUGGACUCUCAGUAUGUGCCCUUCACCCUUUAACUAUGUGCAAUGUCAAUUUUGAAAAUAAGAAUGUUAAUUUAUACAGUUUUAAUGAUGUCUAUAAAUAACCUAUAUAUACUGUGUACACAGUAUAUACAUUAACGGUAUUUAUAUACAAGAUAUAGAGAAAUAGCUGUAUAAGCCAAUGUACUAUGUGAAUUAAAUGGAAAUAUUUUUGUAUGAAUCUAUCUUUAACAUUCCUUCAACCAUGAAUAUCAACAGUAUCUUUCCUUGGGUUCAUCUUGUACCAGUUAAAGACUUUAUUAACGUGUCUAAUCUCCACUAAAGACUCUGGUCUAACGAGGCUGGUCUGACACGUUGGGAUUCUGACAUUUGGAAAAAGGGGUCAGUUCUGUCUUGUGCUGGGCUCAUGCUUGGUCAACUCAGUGUAACAUAUUUCAAAAGAAUCUUAGAUGUUAAAUCUUUGAACAACACACGUGUUUGUUAUAUUCUUAUUGCAGUAAAACACAACAAUGACCUCUUUCAAGAUCCCUCGUACAAUUUUAUUCUCAUCAUUGUAUGUUUUCCAAAUAUUUUUUGAUGUCAGCAAAAUGGCAGUUAAGUUUGGCCCUCCAUUACAAUGUGUCAUUUAGAAAAAUGAUUCUUUGUCCAUGUCUCAAUGUGCACAAUGGAUACAUAUGGUUAUAACUGCCUUGUGAAGCUGGUUGAAGGAACAUGUUUUUGUCUUUGAAUAACAGAAACGUCAAAUUCUCAGUUUGUUCUGUGCUCUCUUAGGUGGUCCUGUUUGAUAUAAAACAUUACUUAUGACAAACAAGAAGUCGACUUAAUUGUCAUCGAGGAGCAGAUGUUGUUCUUUUUAUUUUUGUUUUUUAAGUUUGAGAUGCUGAGUCACUUUGUGUAGCUGUGUUUUGCUUCAGUUUAUACAAAUGUUUAUUUGUAAACUCUGUUUUGGUUGUACUUGCUACACUAGCUACAGUUUACUUGCUACACUAGCUACAGUUUCUCUGAUUCUGUUGAAAUUGUCCCAAGGAGCUGAUGAUGCACUGUUUUAAACAGUUUUUUUGUUCUCAUGGAUUUCCCAUCCUUUGCUUUUAUUUCUGAAGAUAUCCUCGACUUCAGCAUUUACUAUAUUUAAAGUUGACUGUGCAUCCCGGGUGUAAGAGGGCCAGUCAGUGCAUUCUAUACAGAACUACCAGGGUCACGAAUUUAUAAAAAUCUGAUACACAACAGCCAUUUCUGCUAUUGCAUUAAAGAUAAUGCAUACUGUAUUAUAGAAUGUACAAAGACGUUUAGAUAAUAUAGUUGUUAAUUUAAUAUGUAAAAUAUAUUGAAUAUAUUGUAACAUAUAUUCAUAUAUAUGUAUAUAUAUAUACAUAUAUAUAUAUAUGUUACAUGGUUUUAAAGUUAAACAAACAGAAGUAUUUUGUAACAGAUUAUUGAAGUGUCUUAUUGGGAAGGUGAAGCACAGUCAGUUAUAUAGUAAGGCUUGUUUUCUUUCUGUAUAUACCAUCAAAAUAAGCUUUAACAUAUUGUUGGUAUUGUUUAAAAAAUAAAUUAAUAAAACAAGUUUACAUUCUGGAACAGCUUGGAUAUUAAUUAUAUGAUAGUGAUAUUUAAUUAUUUAUAAAUCAAUAUGGAUGUGAUAUUUUAAAAUAAAUAUUUC